AGAAUAAUAGACCUCUUGUUACAGAAUUCCUCGAAAGUGACGAAAGCCUGUUUCUUCUUCUUGUGUCUGUGUUGGUUGAAUUUAUGCGCUUCGCUGGCAGUGCUGAAAGUAAAGUGCACAAGAUAAACACACAGCAAAAUGGCAAAAGCAGGUCUGCUUAUUUUGACGUCACCCUUGUCUCAAUUGAAGUCUCUACUUCCUCGUGUCAUUGAAGAAGCUUCUGUUGUCGUAAGCGACACAUUGUAUGUGUGUCUUCAACCUGCCGUUCAAAAUCCAACUCUCAGCAGUUUCAUUCAGCCUGUGUCAUCAACACAAGAAGUGAAGCAAUUUAUCUCUGGUUUAUACUUGUCUGGUUCAAAUGUCUGCCACACUCUUGAUAUACGGGUUUUAUUGUCGCACUUGUGUAAGGAUCCUAGCAUUGAUAUUUUCAAGCCUUACUCUGUCAAGAAAGAAAUAACUGUCUGGAUGACAGAUUCAACUAAACUCAAAGAUCUUUGGCAAGUGGAGAAUGUAGCGUUUAUCAAAGCCCUGCAAAAUGCUUUUACCAACAUCAGCUUUGAUUCAAAGUUUCACUUCAUAAACGUUGGACAGGAGGCACACAGCAGCAGUAUUGAAUCUUCUGAACUCCUGAAAACUUUUCCGAAUGUUGUUGUUGGUGGUACUUUUGACCGUCUUCACAAUGGACACAAAUCGUUGCUGACUGAGUGCUGCAUGCGAUGUGAUAACAAGUUGACUGUUGGCAUAACAGAUGGAGAGAGAAACAAAAAAAAGACACUGUGGGAACUGAUGGAACCAUUCUCUGACAGGAAAGCUGCUAUGGCUAACUUUGUGUCUGAUGUGAAGCCCAGCAUUUCUCUGGAACCUGUGCAAAUUUUUGACCCCUUUGGGCCUACCAUUACGGACCCUGAUUUUCAGUGCAUUGUUGUCAGUGAAGAGACAAAGGCCGGAGGUGGCAUGGUGAAUGAAGAGAGGAAGAAAAGGAAUUUCAAAGAGCUUGAAAUGGUAGUCAUUGAUUUGGUGGAUGAUGCGUGUCGUGCAGAUGAUGAAGAAGAAAAAGUUAGCUCGUCUUCGAAACGGAAAAGACUUCUUGGAACACUGAUAAAGCCUUUACCGAGCCGACCCAACUUGUCUAAGAGUCCGUACAGAAUAGCAGUGACAGGUGGCAUCGCAAGUGGCAAGUCGAAUGUGUGCUCUGAGCUGGAGAAGUUGGGUGCAAAAGUCAUCAAUUGUGACUUAUUAGGACACAAAGCAUAUGAUGAAGGAACUGCGGCCUAUCAAGCUAUUGUGAAAGAGUUUGGCCAGAAAGUAGUGGAUGAAGAUGGGAAGAUUAACAGAAAACAACUUGGGGCUAUUGUUUUUGCUGACAGGGCAAAUUUGGACAAACUGAACAGUAUAGUCUGGCCUGCCAUUCGUCAACUUGCGGAGGAAGCUAUUGCUCAACACAAAGCAGCUGGUGUGCCUAUCGUUGUGUUGGAAGCUGCCGUAUUGUUUGAGGCUGGUUGGGAUGACAUGGUGCAUGAGGUGUGGACGGCUUUCAUACCAAGACCUGAGGCUGUGAACAGAAUAAAAGAUCGAAACCAGCUGAGUCAAGAGGAAGCUGAACAGAGAAUUGACUCCCAAAUUUCCAAUGAAGUGAGGAUAGCUCAAUCCAAUGUUGUCAUCUGUCCCCUGUGGGCAAAGGAAAUAACACGUAAACAGAUUCAGAAAGCUUGGUCACUUCUACAGAAAAGGAUCAGUACACCACCUGUAAACAAGCUGUAGAAAUUGACAGUUCUUUCCGCAAAAUGAAGGGGUUGGUGUUUUUUUUCUAAAUCCUGUGAUAUGCUGAUGUGUUGAGAAUUUGUAUAAUCGAUUGUGUGCCUGUUUUUACAAGAUAGAGCAUUUACCUGAUUAUGGAGUAAUGCUGAAACAUGAGGUCUGAGAGUCUAAUGUCAAAAUAGAUUUUCGAAAUUAACUGAGGAUGAUAUGCAAGAUAAGAACACAUGAGGAAUAUGAAUGACAAGGUCCUUGUUUCAUCUUUGAGAAUAAGAACAGUGCAGCUAUUUUCUUUUCUUUAGAGCUGUUAUUUAAUUUCAGGAUUCAGUUGAUUGAAAGUGAGUGAUUUGUUUCAUUUCCACUUGCACUUUUGAAGUUAAGGAUUUUUAUUUUUCUUUGUAUAUGCCUUUUACUUAUAUUCAGAUAGUAUAAACAAUAUUUGGAUUUUAUUUUCAUUGUAUUGUAUUUGGAGGGUUGAUGUAUGGGUGUAUGUUUGGAGGAGAGAUUUUAUCGCCUUAUCACCUGUCAUUUCAGUGAAAUCAGUCGACCUAAGUUUGUUGUUAAGCCCUUGUUCAAAAUGAAUAAACCGGUCUCCAAUUGAUUUUGUUCCUCAGUACUUAACUGUUAUAUGAGGGAAAUACUAGUCCAACGUUUUGUUGACGUUCUGCCCAUAACAGAUUUAAUUACAUGCUUGAAAAGACAUAUAGCUCUGUCACAAACACAAAAUUAAUACAGAGCCCUGUCUGAUUUGGUCUUUCAAAGAAUGACGUUGAACUUUUUCAUUACUGAUUGAUUGUGGAAGUGAUCAUGACAUUUGAAGUGUUGUGACUUUCUCCUGAGAUAGAAAGGUACUUUAGCUUUGCCAAAAUACUCUUUUUGAAAGAAUAAUUGGGCAUAAUAUUCAAUUCUUAAGAAGCCUUUAAAUUCUUGGCCGCAUUAUGUUCAUUGUUUUACGCUUAAGGCUAACUGCUAGUUAUAACUGUUGUUUACUAUUUGAGAUACAUAUACAGAAUUUUGUUCAUGUUUUAGUCUUUUCAUGUAAUAGAUGCUUGUAAAAGAUUAGUUAUGUUAAAACCUUUGCAACUUUUUGGUGACCAGCAAGACUUUGUUCAACUUUGAUGUAUCCAUAUAGAUGAAAUUCAUAUCACUUCAUUUGUUCUGUAACAUACAUUGAUUACUUGCGUUUUAUUCAAAUACCUUUUCAGUCAUUGAAGAGCAGAGAUUUACAAUAAUAUGCUCCUCCAGAAUAAUUUCAGAUGUUGGGAACUUUGUUUAUCACUAAUACUUUUCUUAGCUCUAUAUGAUUCAACUGCUAAUGACUUUUACUGCAAUAGAGAAAAUAGAGAAAUCAUGUUGUUUUGUUUUGUUGUUGUUGGGUGUUUUUUUUUAAAGAAAAUUGGAUGAAAGUCUAUUAUGUUACUGGGAUUCGAGAAGUUCUUAAAAAGAAUAGCAUUAAAAGAAUUAUUUUUUUACUUCUUUUUAAGGACUGGGCUGGUUUUUUUCUCUGGCUAGCAGGGGUAUUUUUGUUGCAUCUCACAUGAUAGUGUGCCAUAUUCCAUUAUAAUUUUUUGAAAAGGAGUUUAUAAUCAUAUUGUACUGAUAGCUGUUUGUUUACUAAUGCUGCCUUGUUAAUGCCUGUGUAGUUUAUAUCUAUAAGGUUCAAGUUUUUUAUUUGAAAAGAAAUAACAUGUACCAGUAGCAUUUUACUGCCAUGCAGAAAAGACGGAGACUGAUUCUUAGAUACUUUGGAAGUAUUUUUCAGAACAAAUAUUAUUUGUACUUUUGCUUAUUCACACUUCGUACAUUUUGAAUGCCGUCUUGCUUUUAUCAUAGACAUUUUCGGAUUUUACCUUUCUUUAUCCUUUUUUAUUUGGUAUUAUGCAUACAGAGAAAACAGAACAGGGCCAUUAUUAUUGGUCAUAUAUUAAGAAACAAUGAAUGUUCUUUCCUUUAUUUCUUUUGCCAGUGAAAAAAAAAA